AUGCAGCCGCAACCACCACCAGACAAGUUUUAUCCCCUCCUUCUAGCGUUCCACAUCUUCCCCAUCCACGCGCCCAUAACCCUAUGGCUCCUCGACGCCCCGUUCGGCAAGUUUGCCAUCCCCUCGAUCCUAAACCUGCCCGGCAACGCUGCCUGGGCCGCGAUGGAGCUGGUGGCGCCCUACACCUUCUGGAAACACCUCGAUUACGCGGCGCUGACCCCGCGCGCCAAACUCAUCGCGGCAGCAUACCUCAUCCACUACGCCCAUCGAGCGCUGAUCAGUCCGCUGCUACUCGCGCCGCGACGCGCACCUCUCCAUCUCAUCGUGAUUGUGGCCGCACUGGUAUUCAAUGGGCUUAACGCGAGCCUCCUAGGCUUGUCGUUGCCCGCGUUCCCGCCGCCUGGCGGAGUGACGUUCUGGGCCGGCAUGACGCUGUGGGCAGCGGGUUUCCUUGGCAACAUUUACCACGACGAGAUCCUGCACGACCUCCGCCGCUCCCCAGAGAAGCGCCUCGUCUCCGCUGCGGACGACGACGGGCCAACGGACCAGAGCGGCAAAUACCGCGUACCACGUGGGGGCCUGUUCGCGCUCGUUUCCUUCCCAAACUACCUCUGCGAAUGGCUGGAAUGGAUUGGUUUGGCGAUCGCGGCCGCCCCAGACGUGUUCAUUACCGUGCCUCCUCUGGAGUCGCUGCAGCUGUCCCCUUGGGUCGCUCGCUUGAUCCCCAGCAGCGCGUGGCCGCGCGUCCUCCUCGCCGCACCGUGGGCGUUCGUGCUUGCCGAAGUCACGAGCAUGCUCCCCCGCGCGCUCCGCGGACACGCGUGGUACCAGCGCACCUUCGCAGAGUACCCGGCCAAACGGAAAGCGGCCAUCCCGUGGCUCCUGUAG